AUGUCAAAUUUUGAUUCAGUCAUUGUUCGGUGGAGUUUGUUUCGCGAAUAUGUAAACUGUGGACGUGACGCGAUGAUUGAGCGAAUGAACGACAUUGUGUGGGCAAAAAGUUGUUGCACCGAGGGUGCACUCCCCCGCGACUCUCAGGGAUCGAGAGCUCAGUGCAGCGUGUGCGCAGCGGCAGCGGCCGCAGCUGCAGCAGCGGCGGCGGCGGCAGCAUCGUGGGCAGCCAACCACGCGGCAGAGAUCAGCAAGGCAUCCUCUCCCAUCGUCAUCACCAAUGGCACUCUUAACGGAACACCUCAGUACAAUGGAACCUAUCAGCAACAAUGGGUCCGGUUGGCCAGGUCGUCAGUAAGUGACGUGACCGAAGGGGACUCCCUCUAA